GAGGGCAGGACACCUGGGUUCUCUCCCAGCUCUUGGUGGAGGGCAGGACGCCUGGGUUCUCUCCCAGCCUGCCCUUCCCUUCCCCCGGCGGCGGCUGCAGCUGGGCGGCGCAGCGGGGGGAGCUGGGCGCUGGGCCCGGCCUCGCCUCCCCGGCUGGCUCCGUCUUCGGUCGCCGCUUCCCAGCCCGGCCCGGGCCCGGCGCCGGCCCCGGCCCCGGCCCCGGCCUGGCCGCGUGGGGACCCUCCGCGGUGAGUCCGGCCCCGGCCCCGGCCCGCGGGCGGCGGCGGCUGCGGGUGCAGGCCGGAUGCUCCCCGUCCCCACCAUGAGUGAGCUGGGGUCGCCCCACCCCAGCAGAGACCCCCCAGCCGUCUUCCGGUCCCAGCCGGGCCCCCUGACACCUUCCCGAGUCCUCUGAGCGCUCGGCCCCGUCAUGUCCCAGGCCGGAGAGGGGCCGGACCGAGGGGCCCGGCCCAAGGAGAGGUCGGGCGAGGCCGGGGGCCGGCGCAGCGGACGCAGGCGGGCAAAGCUCCCGGAGACCCCGGCGGGGCGGGCCCCAGAGGGGGCAGAGCCGGGCCGGGGGGCGGGGCGCUCGCUGCGGCAGAGGAUCCGGGACGCGGUGGGCCAGUGUUUCCCCAUCAAGGGGCCCGGCGGGGCCCGCGCCCCGGAGUUCUCCCCCUCCCAGCGCAAGAUCCACCUGCGGGAGCUGAUGCUGGAGACCUGCCCCUUCCCGCCCGGCUCGGAGCUGGCCCGCAAGUGGAACCUCAUCAAGCAGCACACGGCCCCCGUCUCGGCCCAGGAGGGCCUGGCUUGCGGCGGGGCGGGGCCGGCGGAGGACGAGGACGACCGGCUGCGGGAGCGGAGGCGCAUCAGCAUCGAGCAGGGGGUGGAGCCGCCCCCGGACGCCAUGAUCCACACCUUCGAGGCCAGGGCGCAGAUCAACCCGCUCUACAAACUGGGGCCCAAGCUGGCCCCCGGCAUGAACGAACUGGCCGGGGGCAACCGGGCCCCGCUGGCCCCCCAGGAGGAAGAGGAGGAGGAGGUGGUGGUGGCGGCCCCCGAACCGGAGCUCCGCGUCCACACCCAGAUCGACUACAUCCACUGCCUGGUGCCGGAUCUGCUGCAGCUGACCCGGCUGGCCUGCUACUGGGGGGUGAUGGAUCGCUACCAGGCCGAGGCCCUGCUGGAGGGGAAGCCGGAAGGGACCUUCCUGCUGCGGGAUUCGGCCCAGGAGGAUUAUCUCUUCUCGGUCAGCUUCCGGCGCUACGGCCGCUCGCUCCACGCCCGCGUCGAGCAAUGGAACCAUAACUUCAGCUUCGACGUGCACGACCCCGGCGUCUUCCACGCCCCCACCGUCUCGGGCCUGCUGGAGCGCUACAAGGACCCCAGCGCCUGCAUGUUCUUCGAGCCCCUGCUCUCCCGCCCCGUGCGCCGGCCCUUCCCCUUCGCCCUGCAGCACCUGUGCCGGGCCGUGGUGGCCGGCUGCACCUCCUACGACGGCAUCGGCCGCCUGCCCAUCCCCGGCGCGCUCCAGGAGUACCUCAAGGAAUACCAUUACAAGCAGAAGGUGCGGGUUCGGCGGCUGGACGCCUGCUGGAACUGAGCCCCGCACCCAGCGCCCUGCCUUUGGGCCUCUGGGCCACAGCCCAAGUACGAGGGGCUUGGGCUCGGCUCCGGGAUCAGGGCCGAUAUGGGGCCAUAUUGCCCGCAAACUUUCCGCCUUUACAGCAGGUUCUGGGCCCCCCCGGUGAUCUGGGACUGUCGGCCUCAGCAGGGUGGGGGCAGAACCAUGUGUCCCAAUUACUGUUCCACCCACGGGGCUAGGAGGGGGAAACUUCGUUAAAGGAGCCCCUGCCCCAAUCCUGGCUGGGGGGGAAGAGACAGCCGGAGCCUCAAUCAGCUGUUUUAUUGAAAGGGGCCGGGCUGCUGGAAUAAAGUCGUGUUGCUGUGACUGUAA